AUGGAUGCCCCCAAGCAGGGCGUCCUGCGCAUCCAGUCGCACAAGGGAAAGGAAAACGUCUUGCCCUCUGGCCUUCCUCGGUUGUCGGUAAAGAAAGAUCCGAACCAACCGUCAUCAGUAUCAACACGUAAGGUAUCUGGUUCACAGCCUACCUUGGGAGCUGCUGCGCUUCGAGCACAGGUUGAUACACUCCGAACGGAGAAUGCUAAACUUCGCAAAGAACACCAGCGUGAACUUCACAAGUCACAGGAAAAGGCGUCCCAACUCGAGUCAAGGGUCCAAGAUCUUGUACGAGAAAAAUUGACCAGGGAUAGCGAACAUGCAGAGGCUGAGAGAGAACAUCGGAUGGUCUCCCAACGAGAAGCCGCUCUCCGAACAGCGCUCGAAAAAUCUGAAUCGGCAUUAAAACAAUUAAAUGAGCGAAUUGGUAAGCUCGCUGGGGCCGAGCGGAAGCUGGAGGACAUAGAGCGAAUACACAAUGAUGAAAAGCGAAAGCUCACAAUGGAAAUAUCGUCCCUCCAAUCCCAGCUUGAAAUAGCUCGUACGACUGUCGGCGAACAUUCGGCUCGAUUGCGUGAGCGAGAUACAUCCAGACGGUUUGAAACUCGUGCGCGGGACCUCGAAGUUCGAAUUCAAGAGCGGGACUUGCGGAUUCGGGAGCUCGAAGAGGAGCUGGCGACUGCCGAGGCUCAGGCGCAGGUCUACGAGGGGCGAAUGCAAGUAUACGACAAGCGAGUCAAAGCAUACAAGGAACGAGUUCGAGUUGCAGAACAACAGGCACGCGAUACUGAAAUCGAAAUGGAAGCCUUAGAGGUCUCUCAAGCAGCAAGUAACGAAGAGACAUCCAAGGAGCUUGCCUACGCUAAAGUGCUACUGGAAAGAUUUGCUGUUGCAUACGGCCAAUUACACGCGAAUUCGCAGGCCAAGGAUAAGGAGAUCCAGGCGUUGGAGGGCGAACUCCGGGAUAAAGGAAGGAAGAUAGCGACAUUGGAGCAAAUGGCGGUUUGGGCUGAAGAGGAGAAACGUAGCUUAGCAGAGGAACUUGGCAUUCAACGGGAUCCAGUAUAUUCAGAGUGGGGGAAAUAUCGGCAUACCACUUACGCUGAAAGGGAUAGUUCACAAACCGAUCUAGAUGAGCUCGUCAUAGCCGUUUUGGAAGGACAACGCGAGAUGCGUCUUAUGGAGGUCCAGAAGCUCCGAUUAUUCUCGAACGACGUCCACACCUCUAUCGCUGACACUUCGUUACCUUCCGCUUCCAACCUUUCCCGUUCCGAAGAACUUGAACUUAUUAAACUACGCGCCGAAUGUGCAACACUCCGGGAGGAACAAGAGUCGCUAGAACAAGAUCUUGUUGACGCUGCGAUGGAAGCCGAGGAGCACAACCAUCAGAUUGUCGCAUACCAAGAGCUCCAAGUUGAAUAUGCAAGUCUCGAGGCCGAAAUUGCGCACCUCCGUUCUCGUACUAUCAUCCCUAACGUGGAUCCGUCCCAUACCAAGGCACAGGCCGAACUUUCUCGGCUUGAGGCAGAACAUAAACAACUACAGGCUGAAUUUACAGCCUACAAACAAACAAUGGAGGAGACGGCUCGAGCAGCCGCCGAGCAUGAGGCUCGGGCUGUUUUGCUCAACGGGCUUCAGGCACGCGAGCAUUCUCUACGAGAGCAAAUGGAUGCUUUGCGUACUCAGAUCGCUCGAUUGGAAAAGGACUUGCAGGAUGAGAGGGAGAAUGUAAAGCGAGCGGAGAGGCGAUUGGUCCAGGCCAAGACCAUUGAAGAUGAAUUGAGGGAGGAUAUCGACGAGAUGAUGGAGGCACUCGAUAGGGCUGAUAGAUACGAGGAAGCUUACAACACUCUGGUUGGAGAAGUCGUCCAGCUUGGUUUGAGUGACAGAGAGCUUGACAAACUCCAGAAAGCGAGUGAGGCGGCCCUGGGUGUCUCGAAUGCCAAUCAAAAACUCAAAUACGUCGAGGAGAUUAAGGCUGAACUCGACCAGAUGGCGCAGAAACUGGCGCAAACUGAACGGGAGCGCGACCAAGCGCGAGCACAGGGAGUCGAUCUCCGCCGAGAACUCGGCGUAUUCCAGACUGUAACUGGGCUCAAUGGGUGGAUGGACCCAUCGCGAUCGGCUUCCACACCCCCGAUUCGCUCGAUGAUGACACCGCCUGCACGGCUUCCAUCGCUCCCAUUGGAGCGGAUCACGGAAACGUCAGCACCUAAUGAAGGCCUAGGAGUCACGUCCAAUGCACGCCCAGAGCUUAGAGCUCUUGGGCUGGGCUUGCCCUCAGCACGACGACCUGCUUCGGUUCCAGCGCCUGCUCCGGUUACCACCGACAGAAGAAUCUCCCGGGCAUUGAGCAUGGCACUGGAGGCCGAAAACAUGACUUUGACCGAGUAA